AUGCCGGAAUCCACAUAUUCGAAGCAACGGAAGGUCCAGUCGAGGAUCCGCGGAAUUACCUCAUCUGUCACCGAUGAUAGCCCCGCUUUAACUGCGCAAGCAAAGCUCCAUACCUCAAUAGCAAAUUAUCACCCCAUGCCUCCUAAAAGAGCUUGCGAUAUUUGCAUCACCCGGAAAGUCAAAUGCAGUGGCUCUUGGCCCUGUGAUACCUGUCGUGAUGCCGUCAAGCGCGUUUCCUGUACUUAUUUGACGCCGCCUCGGAAGAGAGGCCCUAAAGUUCGACGAGUGGCUAAGCAGACCCACGAUUUGGAAGCGCAGGUAGUGAAUCUCGAUAUAACAGGCGACCAACAGGAAUUUUCGGAGAGCUAUACAGCAGCUUACCAUGAAGAACUGCCGGGUUUGCCGUUGACUGAUCCUGGUGGUCCGAGGUGUAUAUCAAAGGCGGUGCUGGCUCCCAUAGUUCGUCUUUACCAGCAGUAUUCUUAUAGUGUGUGGCCGGUCGUCAAUGCAAAUGCCCUACUGCAGAGAUUGGAAAAUGUUGAUCCGGAGAACACAUCGCAUGAGGCUGAGAACAUCGCUUGUCUUGCGACGGCGCUCUGUGCGGCGACAAUGGCUCAAUUACAUCUUGCGCCGGUAGUAGAUGGUGUCUUCACGACUGAUAGCACCACCAUGGCACAAGCCUGCUUGCGUAUAAGGGGGCUAUGCAACAAACACAGGGAGCACCUUGAUAUUAGCAGUCUGCUGGUGUCGUUCUUUUUGCAUGUUUAUCAUGCCAAGGUAAAUCAGCGGACCUCAGCGAUGAUGUACAUUCAGGAGGCUAUUUCUGGUGCUCGCAUAUUACGAUUGGAUGAACCAAUACAGUUAGAUGAUCUUGAGUCAGAGGUUGAUGACCUGAUUGCGAACAAGAGUUUGGUGUUUCCGUUGCUCUGGGUUUCAGAGAGAGGUUAUGCAAUGCACCUGGGGUUGUCACCAUCAUAUGUGGACCCGCCUUCAUUGGCAAGUCUCGAGAAUGUCCCUGGAAUCGACAUCCAUGUGCAAGGUCUUUUGGAUCUCGUCAAACUAUUUGUGGCGUUCAAUCAGAUAUCCGUCCGUCGUAAAUCUCAGGAUGAAAUGAAUCCACUCACAUACUUGACCGAUACCGAGACAAAGUUGUCCAAGCUGUUUCUAAAGCUCGCGGAUCAAGUUUCGACAAGGACAGCAGAUUGUCACAUCACCCGACAGUGGAUGAGAACAAUCCUUUGGCAAGAAGCACUAUCACUGGGGCUGCUGUCCUCAUCAUCCAGCACGGCUGUUAUGACUUUUUCUUUUCCUGCGCAAGUCAGUCGUGAUCUGCUUCACUCGUUAAGAUGCUUCUCGGAGACCGAUCUACUGCCACUGGGGCGAGACCAAUUAUUGAAAUGCUUUGAGGUUGCGAAUUCUUUAGCAGACACCGUUCUUCUUACUUCUGCUGGAACGCAUCCAGGAUUUGGACUGGGCCCACAGGACUUUUUGCAUGCCCUUUACCAGAAACUGCUGCCGUUUCUAGAGCAGGACACCGUUCUCAAGUCGAUCCUCCGUGGCAAGUUGAUGAACAUCAACAGGAUCACGAGUACUGCAGCUGCAAUCAAAUAA